AUGUCGGCUGCAUUCGAUCGUGAUGCAAAGCACUUCUGGCCCUUCUGGCUAAGUCGGGAAUAUGGCGCCAAUUUUGCAUCUCUGAGCAUCGGAUCUGAGUUGACUCAGGUGACUGUAUCGUGUGAUGGUACCAAGAUAGCUGCCGCUCAAUCGGGUGGCCAAAUCCAAACAAGCUCCGAUGGAAAUGAAUGUGCAGCAGUGGGCGAAGUUCAGGAUUGGCAAGGUGUGAGCAUGUCAAGUGAUGCCUCCGUAAUGGCUGCAAUUGUGUCCAACGGGAGCAUUUGGACUAGCAAUGAUGGCGGCGCAAAUUGGACGGAGGACACUUCCGAAGGGAGUGCCAAAAUGUGGAAUCGCAUACUUGUGCAAUCCGAUGGCUCCGCCGUCUUUGCAACGGUGACAAACUCUGGACUCUGGAAAGGCGAGGAGAUCAGUAGCAUAUCCAGCUUCACAAGGCUCAUGUGCUUCCUCAACACCCAGGACCUGAAGCGCUUUGGCGGAGUGGGCCAGAAGCUUGGCACAGGCAAGGAGGAGAACGAAAAGGAGUCCAGCUUUCCUAGGGGCCUGGAGGUGAAUGGGAUCCGUGUGGCACUGAUCUUGAUAUGGAGUGGCCGUGGAAUCCUGGCAUCUUUCAUGCUCCCUGACAGGGAAGGCCCGCUAACGGUAUGGUGGCUCAAGUAUGAGGAAAACGAAGACCUCCGAAGUGAGGGUCCUAGGUUGGAGGGCGAGUCUGCAGGGCCCAACUAUGGAGCCAUUCCACAGGAAGAGCAAGGCCCCGGGGUCUUCAGCUGCUGGUACAGAUGCGGCUAUUUACCAAGAGGCCUGGCCAGCCCAGCCGGAUUCCUUGGUGGCACCUCGAGCACAAGGAGCCCUGGAAACAAGGACUACUUUGACGAGACAGCAGUUGGUGGGAGCAAGAGGCCGAACGACGGCGCGCAGGCGGCAGGUGGUGUGUUUGAUCCGCUGGAGGGGCCACAGAUGCGGACAGUUCUGGCAGCAUUCCUAGAGAACUUGUGCAAGAAGAGGUACGUAAGCAGGUGCACAGUGGAGUUAGCUGGAGUUCAGAAGGAGCUGCGGCUGAUGGUCUCGGAGUACCAGGCGGCAAUCCACAGUCUGUUCCUUAUGGUCUUGGCGUACCAACCAGCAAUCCACAGUCCGUCCCACAUGGUCUUGGCGUACCAGGUGACAAUCCACAAGCUGUCACAUAUGGUCUUGGCGUACCAGACAGCAAUCCACAGGCUAUUCCAUAUGGUCUUGGCGUACCAGGCAGCAAUCCACAGGCUGUCCCACAUGGUCUUGGCGUACCAACUAGCAAUCCGCAGUCCGUUCCACAUGGUCUUGGCGUACCAACUAGCAAUCCGCAGUCCGUUCCACAUGGUCUUGGCGUACCAGGCAGCAAUCCGCAGUCCGUUCCACAUGGUCUUGGCGUACCAGGCAGCAAUUCGCAGUCUGUCCCAUAUGGUCUUGGUGUACCAACCAGCAAUCCGUAGUCUGUUCCACAUGGUCUUGGCGUACCUGGUGGCAAUCAGUUUAGGGGCCCUUACAGAUGAUGAAGCAGGUGUAGCAUCACUUGGAGCCGCCAGGGGGAGGUUGGAGUUUUCAGGCCUCUUUCGUCUUCGCCGCGGCCACGCGCAGGAGGACGUGCAGGCUUACCGCCUGCCAGCUUACAGAGAGUCCAGAACGUUUGGGGACUAUGAGGUUGGGGUUCCACCGGGUUUGGAAGGCGCUACAACCCACCAUGUACCUGAUCCACUACCUCCACAGCCUACUGCAACCAACAUCCCAGCAGCCCCUGUGAAUGAGAAUAAGGAGCCCAGUCCUUUGGAUGUACUUAUCACGGGGAUGUCUCAGCUCCAGCAGGUCCUCUUGAAGAAGAACGAGGUGAUGGAGAUUGACAUGAAGGGCACUCCGGAGCUGCCCAAGUUGGGAGAAUACACUCCAGAGACGGGUGCGAUCGACUUCCAGGACUUCUUGUACCUAGUGGAGCAGCAGAUCGGAUCGCUGGCUAGCGGCGCGGGAGAAUGGUGGCAGAAGACGUUGGAAGUUUCCCAGGCAGCGUACAGUGAGUACCAGAUGCUUUCGCCGGUGAAGAGGUUGGGAGUGAAGGCCCAGCUUACACCGGAACUACGUGACGAGAAGUACAAGAGGUUGGAGCGCAAAGUGGCGGCGAUGUUGCUGAGUGCUCUUCCAAAGGGCGUCAAGGACGACCUCAUCGCCUACAGGGACCAGGGAGUCCACCAGAUCUUGUAUAGACUGAUGGUGAUCUUUCAGCCGGGAGGGGCUCAGGAUCGAGCACAAAUCCUUCGACAAUUGGACGUGUCGGAGUCAGCAGCUGGACCCCCGGAGGCAGUGUUGGCUAUCCGGCGGUGGUACCGCCUUUUGCAGAGGGCGUCGGACCUGGGAGUGACCUUGCCUGACGAAAGUAUCCAGGUCAGGUCUCUCUCAACAAUAGUGAGAAAGACCUCGGAGCAGAAUGCGGACUUCAAGUUUCGUUUGGCCCUUGCCCGUACGGAGCUGCAGAUCGAUACGAGGCCAAACCAGCAGAAUGUUUUGAAGUACAUGCAACACCUGUUGGCGGAGUUGGAGCAGCUUGGUUCUACAACGAAGAAGGGCACGCCAGUGACUACACCGGCGGCUUCAACUACCACGCCUCCGAGCACUACGGCUACAACUCCGUCUACAACCUUAAAGGGCUUGCAGGGAACAGAGGCUGUCUCCAAGGCCGCUGCAAAGCCCAAGGCCGCUCCUGUUGUGGAUGGGAAAAAGGUGUGUCAGUGGUUUGGCACCGACAAUGGUUGUCGGAAUGGCAGGUCCUGCACUUUUCAGCAUAGCUGGUCUGGACUGUCCAGGGCAGAAAGGUGCCUGUUGUGCGGCUCUAAGAAACACCGGGCCAAGGAUAGCACUAACAACAAGGAGUCUACAUCCCCCGAGCGUGGAGGCCCGCCGCGGCCACAGAAGCCAGGAGCGGGGACUACUGCAGCGGCGACAGCGAGCACUUCUUUGGCCUCAGCUAAUGUAACAGAAGAGCCUGCCCCUGGAGCUGCAACGGUGCCCCCUACCACGUCCUCUACAACCACCUCCAAUAAGAUUGAUGCUGCCAAGGUGACCGAGAUCCUGAGUGAGACCAACAAGAUGUUGAAGGCCCUUACAGCCAAUCAACCCGCAACGCCGGUGGCGGCGUCAAGCUCUGUCGACCCCCUCGAGAUGAUCCAGAAGCAGCUUGAUGAGGUUCGGCGAUCGAAGGUUUUGAGGGUGAAGGAUGCGGCAGAGCCAUCUUCAUCCUUCAGCAGCGCUGUGUCGUGGUAUGAAGCGAGGUUGAGCUCCUCUACAGUGUCGGGCCCAGCAAAGUCGGACUAUGAAGAGGCCCUCCUCGACAGCGGUGCUAGCCACGCUUACAGGGCUCCUUUGUCGGAAGAGGAGCUAGAGGCUGCCCGUCGGGUGGGAGUUGCAUUGGCCACUGGUGAAGAGCGAGCUAUACCGCAAAACUCCGGCGGCACCCUCUUGAGCGAGGGCGGACAUGAAGGGACCAUUUUGCCGAUGGGCCAAUUGGUCAAGCUGUUGGGCUGCAAGGUACUGUGGAACGAAGAUGACGGUGGUUCACCCUGUACAUGA